AUAUACGCUCACCCGCCACAGAAAAGCAACUCAUCUGCAGAGAACCAACAGAAACUACAAUUCGCGAUCGAGGAGCUAAGGGAGACGCGAGAAACAAGAUGGCGAUGGCCGUGAGCAAGCAAUGGACGCGGGUGCGCACGCUCGGCCACGGAGCGUCGGGCGCGGAGGUCUUCCUGGCGGCGGACGACGUUUCGGGCGAGCUCUUCGCGGUCAAGUCCGUGUGCACGUCCGGCGCCGCGGCUCUGAUGAGGGAGCAGGCGAUGAUGGCCGGCCUGCGCUCCCCGCGCGUCGUCUCCUGCAUCGGCGGCCGCGCCGGACGCGACGGGUCGUACCAAGUCUUCCUUGAAUUUGCCCCCGGCGGCUCGCUCGCCGACGAGGUGGCCAAGAGCGGUGGCCUUAAUGAGCCCACCGUCCGGGCCUAUGCCGCGGACGUUGCCAGAGGCCUGGCCUACCUCCAUGGCGAGGCCAUGGUGCACGGGGACGUCAAGGCGAUGAACGUCGUGAUCGGCGCCGACGGUCGCGCCAAGCUCGCUGAUUUCGGCUGCUCGAGGAAGUCCUCCCCUGGGGGAAAGAUGAUCGGUGGCACGCCAGCGUUCAUGGCACCGGAGGUGGCGCGCGGGGAGGAGCAAGGCUCACCAGCCGACGUCUGGGCGCUCGGCUGCACGGUCCUCGAGAUGGCUACCGGACGCGCCCCCUGGAGCGGCAUGGACGGAGCCGCGCUCGCCGCGAUGCACCGGAUCGCGUACACCGAUGCUGUGCCCGAGGUGCCCCAGUGGCUGUCUGCCGAAGCCAAGGAUUUUCUGGCCGGCUGCUUCAUCAGGCGCGCGAGUGACCGGUGCACGGCGGCGCAGCUGCUGGAGCACCCGUUCUUGGCCUCCGCUGUCGCCGACGCGAAGCUAAAAACCGUGGAGGGCAAAUGGGUGUCGCCGAAGAGCACCCUGGACGCGGCAUUGUGGGAGACGGACUCCGACAGCGAGGAGGCCGACGACGACGAGCUGUCGCACAGCACGGCGGAGAGGAUCAAGGCGUUGGCUUGCCCUGCCUGGGCGCUCCCGGACUGGGAUUCGAACGAGGGCUGGAUCGACGUGCUCUCCGCAGCACCAACCGAAACACAAGAUGCAGUUGCCGUGCCGGCCGAGGAAGCGACUGAUCUGGCCGAUGCAAUCACGAGCGUACGCCCAACUGUCGAGCCCGAAGCAUCCGACUCCGACACAGUAGCCGUGCCAGCCAUGGAGAAGACUGACCUGCACAGCACAAUCACUCGCGAAGAAGCAAGCGGUGGCGCAGAGACCGUCGUUCCCUGUAUCUAUGCUCAUAGGCAUCAGUCUUUGGAAGAUUUAGAUUGCCAAGAAUUACUACUCCUUUGUUUCUCUGUCCAUAUUGCUUCUGUGCACAAAACACGAGCUCUGUACUGCACCUUUGUUUCUCUGUUCAUAUUGCUUCUGCUACCCUGCAUUGCGACACGUUCGAUAAGUAAGUUCAGUGGAAAAAACGACAGGUUCGUUCAGGUAAUAACCACGAUAACGCCACGUCGUGUGGUCGUGACUAUGAUGGAGAGUAAAUCCUGA